AUGGCUUCUCUUCUCCACCCCAUCACCUUUUUUUUAAUUCAAAAUGCUUUCACAAUCUCCAUCAUCGCAUUUACUCGUUCAUACCACCCAGUCCGAACAGCGCUUCUACCUUUCUAUUUAAGCUAUAUAAUCUUGCUAUUCCCAACCUACCUCAACACCCUCCACAACGUCGUCCUUGCCUCGAUUGUCUCCGGCACGACCUAUGCCAAUCUCCUCUCCUAUCUCGACCGCAUCAUUCUCUCCCAAUGGAGCUUUGAAAAUGGCGGCCCGGCUAACGUUCCAGAACUUACAAAAAGCGAGCAGCUCUUAAGCCGAAACGAAAUCAUCGGUACCGCCGAACCCAAAGCCGACCACCGCAUCACUUCUGGAACCAUCCUUCAACGCCUCGGAUACGGCUACUUUGUCAACUCGGCCGCCCGCCUCAUCGGUACCCCACAACAAGUUAAGAAUGUUCCCCCAUACUCCAUCCUGAACCCUUCUUACAUCCCUUCUCGUAGCCGGUUUCUUCUCCGCAAGCUCGCCAUCUUCUGCGUCUGCUACCUCGUCCUCGACCUCGCCACCUCAAGCGCUGAUCCCGCCUCCAACGCGGUGCUUUUCCUUCCAUCCAAGAUCCCUCUUUUCAGUCGCUGGCGGGACGUCAGUGCCGAGGAAGUGGCUCGGAAGGUGGUAGGUGGUGUCGCGUAUUGGGCUAUGUCAUACUGCACGAUCCAAUGUUACAUGGGCGCGUGGGCGUUCCUAUGCGUGAUGUGCGGAGACGACCCAAAGUACUGGCGGCCGUACUUCGGGCACCUAAGCGAGGCAUACACGAUCCGGCGGUUCUGGGGGUGA